UCCCAGCAUGCGUUGAUGACAUCACGAAGUAGUGCCCCUUCUUUGUGUGUCAGUGAUGUCACCAAGUGCAGUGUGGGGGACAAUGGAAUCCUGAACUCCGUGCGAGGGCGAGUGGGAAGCGACUGCUCCUUCUGCUGGUUCAGGGCUGAGCCGGGGGAGGGAAGGGAGGACACAGCAGCUGCUUUAGGGCUGAAACAGGUGAGAAGUUGCUGCUGUUGCCGGAGGGACAAAGCAGCGAGAGAGACACGAGUGGCCAGGCCCAGCCGCACCGAGGAGGAGCAGCCAGACACAAAGGGAGAGACAGAGAAAGAGACAAGCACGCCUAAGAAGAAGGAAAGCAAAGUCAGCAUGAGUAAAAACUCUAAGCUGCUAUCUACCAGUGCCAAGAGGAUUCAGAAGGAAUUGGCUGACAUCACCUUAGAUCCACCUCCAAACUGCAGUGCUGGACCCAAAGGGGAUAACAUCUAUGAAUGGAGAUCAACCAUUCUAGGACCUCCAGGCUCAGUCUAUGAGGGAGGUGUUUUCUUCCUUGACAUCACAUUUACACCAGAAUAUCCUUUCAAGCCUCCAAAGGUAACGUUUCGGACAAGAAUCUACCACUGUAACAUUAACAGCCAAGGCGUCAUCUGCCUGGACAUUUUAAAAGACAACUGGAGCCCAGCAUUAACCAUUUCUAAAGUUCUCCUCUCCAUCUGCUCCCUUCUCACAGACUGCAACCCGGCUGACCCCCUGGUUGGAAGCAUUGCCACUCAGUAUAUGACUAACAGAGCAGAGCAUGACAGAAUGGCCAGACAAUGGACCAAAAGAUACGCUACAUAAGUUGGAUCUUUGUCAAAUUCUUACAUUAUUUGUCUGUGAUGGAAAGAGCUGCUUAUGAUUUUGAAGGGGUGGGGGGAGGGAGGGUGCUGGUAAAGAGUAGGGUAUUUCUAUAACAGAUUUUAUUCAGUCUUUUAUUUCUUAAGAUUUUGUUGUUGUAACUUAAGGUAUCUUGCUACAGUAGACAGCUAGGAUUGGGAAUAGCAUCUUUUAAGACUGUAAUUAGUUCAGCAAUAUUAGCUCACAUAUAGUACCGAGAAGAAUGUAAACUUCUUAGACUUCUUUGGUUUUCAGUUUGCUUGCAAUAUGUAAAGGAUUAAAACAGCUUAAUUUUGUACAGGUGCAUAUGUUGACAUUUAUGUAAAAGUCCUUUCAAGACUCUACACACUGUUUUUGCUUUUUGUUUUGUUUUUUGUUUGGGGAAUUUAUUUUUUGUUCUGCAUUGGGUUUCUUGGGGUUUUUUUGUAAAAAGAUGUCGGGAUUGUUUUCCCCUAUGGAGGGCACAUUGGUAUUUAACAAAUCCUUUUUAAAGACUGUCAUCUCAUGACCUGUGAUACAGAGAGGUGGCUAUAUGGCCUCAUAUACGAAAUGAGAAGUAGUUAAUGUAUUAUUUUAUAAGCCAAUCUAUCUCUGUGAAAAGAAUAAAGGGUUUAAUCAGGACUUAUGGUAACCUGUAGUGAAAUACCUUAAGCUGUUUAACUGUAAGGCGUGGAAUAGGAGUCACUCAGUGGAUUGGUUGUAUGUUGUGGGCUACUUAAGUCUGCAUUUGUUACUGUGCUAAUAAAAAGAUGUUUAAAAAAAAAAAAAAAAAAAAAAAAAGGAAGAAAAGAUUUCUGCCUUGUGCCUUGCUUUGUCAUUUUGCCAG